AUGCGGACGUGCCGCGGGCUGGGCCGGAGCUGCCAGGAGCGCUGGAGGCAGCCCAGCCCCGCCUCCGCCAAGUGGUACGACCGCAGGGACUACGUCUUCGUCGAGUUCUGCGUUGAGGACAGUAAAGACGUUCAUGUAAAUUUUGAAAAAUCCAAACUGUCAUUCAGUUGUCUUGGAGGAAGUGAUAACUUUAAACAUUUAAAUGAAAUCGACCUUUUUAAUAAUAUUGAUCCAAACGAGUCAAAGCAUAAAAGAACAGACAGAUCCAUCCUCUGCUGUUUACGAAAAGGCGAAUCGGGGCAGGCGUGGCCACGGUUAACGAAAGAGCGGGCGAAGCUCAACUGGCUCAGCGUGGACUUCAACAACUGGAAAGACUGGGAGGACGAUUCAGAUGAGGACAUGUCCAACUUUGAUCGCUUUUCCGAGAUGAUGAACAACAUGGGUGGUGAUGACGAUGUAGACUUGCCAGAAGUAGACGGGGCAGAUGAUGACUCACCAGACAGUGAUGAUGAAAAAAUGCCAGAUCUGGAGUAAGGAAAACGUCUUCAGGGUUUGGGGAAAUAACUUGUUCAUCACCACAUUUCAUAAUCGCGAUAAGAAUUCCUGAGUUGAUAGAGCCCUCCAGGGAGAUCCCGCCUCCCUUUCCCCAUUUUCAGUCCGUGUCCAAUGGGAGGUGUGUGCCGGGCGGGGUGGGUGCAGCCCCCAGAGGCAAUAACGUUCUGCAUGAACCAUUUUCCAGACUUCCAA